CGAGUUGGCUGUUGCGGUACAGUUGCUGGGAGGAGGAAAAAGGUGGAGCCGCUGGGGCCAAGAUCAUGCCGGACUGCGAGAGGUAUUCUGGACCGCAGAGGCAGCUAGGCUUGGGAUGAAAGAAGCAGGGCAGAUGCAAAAUCUGGAGAGCGCGGGGGCCGGGCGGUCAGUCAGCACCCAGACUGGCAGCAUGACUGGUCAAAUACCAAGGCUUUCUAAAGUCAACCUUUUCACUCUGCUCAGUCUCUGGAUGGAGCUCUUCCCAGUAGUAAAUACAGCCCAAAGACAAAAAUCUCAGGAAAAGGAAGAGGGAAAGCAUGGACCCUUAGGAGAUCAUGAGGAGAUGACCAGAAUAUCUACUGACAAAAAACAGGUGAAGAGAACUGGCCUUGUGGUGGUGAAAAACACGAAAAUUGUUGGUCUCCAUUGUUCUAGUGAAGAUUUACAUGCAGGGAAAAUUGCUCUUAUAAAACAUGGGUCAAGGCUGAAAAACUGUGAUCUUUAUUUUUCUAGAAAACCAUGUUCUGCUUGUUUGAAAAUGAUUGUAAAUGCUGGAGUUAACCGAAUUUCAUACUGGCCUGCUGAUCCAGAAAUAAGUUUGCUUACUGAGGCUUCUAGUUCUGAAGAUGCAAAGUUAGAUGCCAAAGCAGUGGAAAGAUUGAAGUCAAAUAGUCGGGCCCACGUGUGUGUCUUACUUCAGCCUUUGGUGUGCUAUAUGGUGCAGUUUGUAGAGGAGACCUCUUACAAAUGUGACUUUAUUCAAAAAAUUGCAAAAACACUGCCGGAUGCUAACGUUGACUUUUAUUCUGAAUGUAAACAAGAAAGAAUAAAAGAAUUUGAAAUGUUAUUUUUGGUUCCAAAUGAAGAAAUGCAUAAGCAAAUACUAAUGACUAUAGGUUUGGAGAACCUAUGUGAAAAUCCUUACUUUAGCAAUCUAAGGCAAAACAUGAAAGACCUUAUCCUACUUUUGGCCACAGUAGCUUCCAGUGUGCCCAACUUUAAGCACUACGGAUUUUAUUGUGGUAAUACCGAACAGAUUAAUGAAAUUCACAAUCAAAGUUUGCCACAAGAAAUUGCAAGGCACUGCAUGGUUCAGGCCAGGUUAUUGGCAUAUCGAACUGAGGAUCAUAAAACUGGAGUUGGAGCAGUCAUUUGGGCAGAAGGAAAAUCUAGGAGCUGGGAUGGAACUGGCACCAUGUACUUCAUAGGAUGCGGUUAUAACGCUUUUCCUGUCGGGUCCGAGUAUGCUGACUUCCCACACAUGGAUGAUAAACAGAAAGACAGAGAAAUAAGGAAAUUCAGAUACAUUAUACAUGCGGAACAGAAUGCCUUGACGUUUAGGUGUCAAGAAAUAAAGCCUGAAGAAAGAAGUAUGAUCUUUGUCACAAAGUGUCCAUGUGAUGAGUGUGUACCUUUAAUUAAAGGUGCAGGCAUAAAACAAAUCUAUGCAGGAGAUGUAGAUGUUGGAAAAAAGAAAGCAGACAUCUCUUACAUGAGAUUUGGGGAACUUGAGGGUGUUAGCAAAUUUACAUGGCAGCUGAAUCCAGCAAGAACUUGUGUGGGUGAACAAAAUGAGCCUGAAAGUAGAGAGAACGGUGUGUUGAGGCCCAUACCUCCCGGGGAAGAGCAGCACCAGCACAAAAAGCUGUGUCUCGGAAACCGCCAAGAAGUCCUGUCUAAACUGGAAUGAGGCCUCAAGAAUUUUCAUUGCACUUUUAAAAUUCUGUCUUGUUAACUGAGAGAGUAAGGAUGGAUUUUGUGAGUAACUGAAGAAGAAAUUUAAGGACGCUAGUUUAUUGCUACUGAAUGAAUGAUGUCAAUGAGAAUAUUUUUAUUUUAGAUUUGUGUGUUUUCCAGAAUAUAGUGAUGUGGUCUUUUAUUACAUUAAAUGAGGUAGCAAUAAUUUAAUGAGCCCCAUUUAAUCACCUGUUGAGGUUAAUUUCUCCUUGUCUUAGCUUUAUAUUAGCUAGGGUUUGUUUUUUUUUUUAAAGGGGCUGGUUCACUCUAGUCAUAUCUCAGCAGAGAAUUUUAUACCUUUUAAAAAAUAUGAAUUCCUUUGGAUUAUGAAGGUGAUAAUUAGUAAACUGCUCUGGGGAAAUAAAUGAUGACCUGGCCAUUUUUAAGCCAAUGUAUGGCUCACCAAAAGUUCACAUUUAUACCUAAAGCUUUUUAAGAAUCAUAAUUUAAUUAGGAUUAAAUCAAAAAAUGAAGUUGAUAUACCUGGUCCCCAUUGUAAAAGUAUAUUUCUAACAAAAUUCUUAAUUAAAAAAAAAAAAACACCUUCCAGUAUAUAGAAAUCACAAUGAUUUGUUAGACUAGAGUGUUAAAUCACUGGUUUGGGGUAGCAGUAGGAAGAAAAUAUUAUUCUGAGGCAGUAUUAAUUACUCUUUGAUAAGCACUGAUUCUUGAAAUCAUUCACACUGCCAACUUUGGUCAUAAUGUUAACAGUGAAGAAAUAUUUUAGUCUGGAAUAUUGAAACUAUCCUUUUUUCGAAUUCCAUUCAUAAAUGCUGCCCACUUUUCUCUCCAUGUUAACAGAGUGUCUCAUGGCUCUCAAUGGAAGGUUUAAAAAUAUAUAUAUAUUUGCAAACUUUAAUACCAGGAAUCUUGAAAGUAAAAUUAUGGCCAGUCAGUUCAGGUUGCAUUCCAAAUUGCUCUUUGUGAAACCUCUCACUUUUAUUUGCUGAGAAACUUUCAGGAAAUUAGUCCAAAGAUGAAGGUACGUGUUUUGCACUUUCCUAGAGUUAGGGAGGGAGCGCGUAGCCCACGGCCCACGGGCCUGCAUGUGACAUCAUGAGGAGCACCUGCCUUGGCUGUGCGGAGAUAAUCAGGUUUGCCUCUGCGGUCAUCGCCUUCCCUUCCACAGCACCACUUGGCCUCAUGAGGCCUCCUAACUGAGUCUCUCAGAACCUACACAGGACAAUCCAAAUGUUGACCGAUGCCCCUAUUUGUACAGCAGCCCACUUCGGUGCACUGGGAGUUCAAAGUCAUCAUACCAGCCAGUUGAGAAAUGCCUUAAAUAUUGAGAGAGGGGAGGAAAGAUAUACUUAGAGGGAACUAAGGCUAAUUUGAAAACCAGUAGGAUAAAAUAUAAAACAUUUAUCAAUGUGAAAAUACUGAGAUUUGCUUACUUCAGUAUAUUAAUUACAUAUUAAUUAUACAUGCUUAAAUUCAUGUUAGAAUUUUUCUUUUACUAAUAUGUCAUCCACACUUAAUAUUUUAUAAAUCAGUCAGCAGAUAUUUUAUAAGACCCAAAAGCCUGGUAUACUGCCAGGUUUAUGGAUGGAUGUGCUGGACAUUGAGGGGAUAUCAGAAGGGAGAAGCAUAAAAUGUGAAAAACUCGGCUUAUUAGGAAAUAGAAAAUUGAUAUUUCCAAGCACUAUUAAAAUAUUCAUAAUAAUGCCAUAUUUCCUUCUUUACAACUGGUCAGUUUUCAACAUUUAUUGAGAAUUUACUAUGUAGUGCCAGAAGGAAAGCUCUGUGAGGUCAGGGAUAUAUAUAUCUAUGAAUUUAUAUGUAUAUAUAUAUAUGAAUAUAUGGAUUGCUAUAUUUAUAUAUAUAAAUAUAUAAAUGUUUUAAACUGAUGAAUCCAGUGCCUGCAAUAGUGCCUGGCACAUAAUAGGCAUUCAGUAAGUAUUUGUUGAUUGACUGACUGAGUACAGGACACAGGCUAGACCCUGGAAAUGAGAUGUGUAAGAAGUGCUCCCUCAUCUCAAAAAGCUCGCAGUCUAGUGGAAGACAGAAGCACGACAGAACGAUUCUCAGAGUGGAGUCCGUGGACAAGCUGCUUUAGCACCUCCUGAGGACUUGCUAGAAAUGCAAAUUAUUAGGGUCCCACUGGACCUGUUGAAUCAAAAACUGGAUGUGACGGCUUGCAGUCUGUUUUCACAGCUCUCCUGAUGACCUUGGGGGUUGAGAACCACCCUGUGAAUGUAACUGUAGAAAGCUUCUAAUAUAUAUAUAAUUAAAACUACUAGAAACAAUAAAAAACAACUCUGUAUUGCAAGGAAACUAGGAUGUGUUUUUGGCUAAGAAAAGGUGUGAGGUAUGGAGAUGUAUGUUUGUUAAGAGAAAAGAAGGUAAAUUUUGUCCUUAAGUAAAGCUGGUUCUUUCAGAAUGGAAAAGAGAAAGAGAAAGGACAAACUAAGGACAUAGAAAUGUAUGAAAAGAAAAAAGAGAAAGAAAGGAAAGGAAAGAAGGAAGGGAGAGAAAGAUGGAGGGAGGGAGGAAGGAAAGUAGGGAGAGAAUUAGUUUUCUAGUCACAUUGGCUAAAAAUUGAAUUGUUAUUAGGAUUUUUAAAAAUAAUAAGCUUGCUUUUUGUUUUAAUAGCUUGCUUAUAUAAUUUUCUUUCAUUUGCUGAAAGGGCAAAAUUUACUUGGACUAUUGGUCUGCUCUUGAUAAGAUAUUAUGAAUGGUUUUCUUUACCUUUUAAGUAAUCUGCCUGAAAAGCAAAGAUGUUAUGUUUUACUAAAAUAAUUUCCUGUGCUUCAUGUUGUCUUUAUCAGAUCUUUGAUUACUUUACUGAGUCUUAACACUAAGAGCUGAAUUUCACUUAAAAUAAUGUAAUCUUCUGUAUUUGACUUUAAAAUCUUUUGUCACUUUGGUUAAAUAGAUAAUUAAGUAUUGCCAGUGAUCUUAUUUAGUCGUGUCCAAACCUUUUGAUACUUUUUACAAACGUUCCAUUAUCAGUUUUUAAAUACAGUUUUUUGACCUGGAAAAAUAAGUUGGAGUUUUACAGAGGGCCCCUGGAACAUCUCAAAAGAUUUAUUUUCUCUCAUUAUAAAAGGGAGAUGCUAAAUGAAUUGGUUUAUAUGAUAUGCUAAAUUACAUGGGAAGCAUUGUUAAAUAAGAAAUGUUAAGUUUUCUUUACAUUACAUCUGUAUAAGUAUCUGUUUUAAGUGUUGCAGAAAUUAUAUGAAAUUCCUAGAAAUCAGAUGUCCCAGGAUUAUGUUAUCACUGUAAUUCUAGUUAUUAUCUUAAAAUGUUGUAUAUCCCAGAUAGAAUCAGAUUUUCUUGCCAAUUGCAUUGUAAUGAACUCUAUCAGAUCUUUAAGCAUGGCCAUUUUUAAGUCCUUUAUCUAUCAUUUGCAGACAGUUAUUGUUUUAUUUUGAUAUUUUAUAAAAGUUUUCCUGCAAAAGUGCUUCAUUUUCAAGGAGAUUAAUGAAUGGACUCUAACAAGUACUGUGGAAUACAAGUUUCUGAUACCUUUAAGGUCAUCCAACUGAAUUGGAAAAUCAGCGUAGGUGAAGGUUCUUUCAACCUCGGCAUGAUUGGCAGUUUGAGCCUGAUGACCCUUUGCUGUGCUGUCCUCUGCAUUGUAGCUGCAUCCCUGGUCUCCACCCACUAGAUGUCAGUAGCAACCUCUCAUCCAGAAGACAACCAAAAAUGUUCCUUGGGGGGCAAAGUCACCCCCCCCCCCAGCUGAAAGCCACUGACAUAAACCAUCAAGAGAGUGCACAGACAACACUGAAAACAAAGGUCCUGGCAGGAAGAAUACAGCAGUACCCGUUACGUGUUUGAGCUACCAAAUGGUUGCAUGUCCCAGAAAUUGAUGCAGGUGUGGCUGGUCUUGUGUAAUUUCCAGACUGCACUGUGGCUCCCGGCAGCUUUGUAUCACACAGACCAGUGUGGCUAGUGACCAGUGUGGCUAGUAACAGAGGCUUGACAGGCUCACUGCUCCUCCCUCUCUCUGGUGUAUAUGCUGCCCCUGAGCCGCCAAGGAUGAGAACCCAUGGAGGCCAGGGGUUGAGAAACGUUGCAUCAGGGCUGUGUGCCACUCGGCCUUUUCUCCAGGGGCAAUCCUAACAUUUGGGCUGAUGCCCAGCAGAGCCUCUUCCAGGAACAUCAUGACCUCAAUCCCUGCUGGCUCACUCUGCCAUGGACCCCCCAGGAGCCUCCCAGGCGGCAGUAGGGAAGGGCACAGAGUAUUUCCUGACACCCUGAGCCUCUCCUGGUUCCCAAUCUUGAGGACCAAAGAAGGAGGAACAGAGUUUGGCCUCAGGCCACCAGGGGUUUGUACCCCAGUGCUAGCCAGUGCUGUCUGGGAGAGUUAAACUGUUCAGAGCCUCAGUUUCCUCAAAUAUAACAUGGGAGUGGCUCUGGCUGUGAUGCGUAUUUAGUGCCAGGCAGGCGGUGGUGGUCCGUCAGUGACAGCCUCACUUGGACAAUGGGACAGCAACAAGGCCAUGCAGUUAGCCAAGUGCAUGGGAAGAUGGCGCGGGGCCUCCAGGCAGCUUGAGCGCCCCCUAGAGACCAGCCCGCCCUCCCCCUGGGGCUUUCCCUGUUGGGAGUGACAGGAACACAAAACAGAGGAAGGAAACCGACCACGGAGUGUGUGGCACCUUUUUAUUUAGUCAGUCUUUAUUUAAAUGUGUGUUUUGAAAUAGCUUAUUAAAUAGGACCUUCUCAAAGUUCAAUUCUCACAAUAUUUACAGCAAAUUUUGUGCAAACAUAUUUUGACUGAGCUUCUUGCUCCCCCCUUUCACAUUAGUAAUUUACAAAUUUGUCUCACACAAAACCCCAGCUACUUCAUUCAUGGCCUCUUAGGCUUUAGUUGUCUGUUUGACAGGCACUGAUCUAGGGUAGGGGCUUGUUGGCCAAGAGCUAAUUCAUGCCCAGAGGAAAUAAAAUGUUUUAUUUAUCAAAAACAAAUUACAACAAGACCUUGCUUUCCAAAUGGAAACAUGUGUCCUAAGAUGUUGCGGAACAGCAUUAGCAACCAAAUAAAUUCCCAAUGAUUAUUGUGCCGUC